GCCGGGGUUUUGACAUUCUGCGUUACUGUUUGGGGUUUUCCCAUUUCUAAGAUAAAUGUCCACUCUAAGCCCAGAUGCACUCCGAAUCAAGUUUAUACAUAAUUCCAUUGCAAUGGUGACGAGCUGUCCGUGGUCAGCUAGUCUUCAGGUUAUUGACCAUGAAGUCCGGAAAUUAUGUCGUUUCGCCCCAGAUCAACCAUUCACAUUAAAGUGGAUUGAUGAGGAACAAGACCCCAUAGUUAUUUCUUCCGAUAUGGAACUAAACGAGGCAUUCCGACUUCACAAGCUUAAUAAGGAGUGGCAGCUAACAAUUUUCGUAUUUGAUGGAGUACCGAGUGAACCGGGUAAACCUUGUCCUGGGGAAGAUAUUAAUAUGUACCGAAGAGGUGCUAAACGAUGGAAAAAGAAAUUUUAUUUAUUACAUGGUCAUCAAUUUGCUGCCAGACGGUUUAACCGGAAUGCUGUAUGUGCUUACUGUAAAGAGCGUAUAUGGGGUUUGGGACAACAAGGGUUCAAAUGUAUUAAUUGUCGUCUCCUACUUCAUCGUCGUUGUCAAGGUGGAGUGCGUCAUAAAUGUGGUGAAGCAUUUAUCAGGCCAACCUACCAGAAUAUGCGUCCAAUAUCUACAUUUCCUACCGGUUCCACCCCAGCUGUGUGGGAUAAUGAUGGAAACAGAACUACAACUAUAGUAACCGACUUAUCUUCUGGAACAACUCAUACACUUCCAUCUCGUCUUCCUGUUAAUAUUCAGCCAUAUAAAGAUGAAUCAAAGUCACUAAAGCUAGAAAAAGUCAUUAGUUUAAAUGAAAGAGAAUCAAAUCAAACAUCAGACAAACAAUUUCCACUACCAUCCAAUUUAAAAAACACUGUGAAGUCAGGCUCGGACAACUUAAUAAUUGAAAAAAGCAGUGUUUUACCUGUUCCCGUAACUAUCAUCACUGAUAAAGUUGGCGAUAAAUCCAUACCUAUUAUAGAACAACGUAUCUCAGAUAUUCCUGACAUUCCAGUCACUUCUGGACGAAUUGGUCUACAUGAUUUUAAUUUACUCAAAGUGAUUGGUCGUGGUAGUUAUGCUAAAGUAUUUCAAGUGGAGCAUAAACCAACUAAUCGAAUAUAUGCCAUGAAAGUUAUUAAAAAGGAAACUAUUCUUGAUGAAGAGGAUAUUGAUUGGGUACAAACUGAAAAACAUGUAUUUGAAUGCGCUACUAACCAUCCUUUCUUAGUGGGCUUACACUCGUGUUUCCAAACCAGAAGUCGAUUAUUCUUUGUCAUUGAAUUUGUCAACGGUGGAGAUCUAAUGUUUUAUAUGCAACGUAAUCUUCGUUUAGCAGAAGAUUAUGCACGAUUCUAUGCAGCUGAAAUUUGCAUUGCAUUAAAUUUCCUCCAUGAACGUGGUAUUAUAUAUCGAGAUCUCAAGUUAGACAAUGUUUUAAUGGACAGCGAAGGUCAUAUUAAACUAACUGAUUAUGGAAUGUGUAAAGUGAGUUUCAGUGUUGACUGGUGGGCUUUAGGUGUACUCAUGUUCGAAAUGUUGGCUGGUCGAUCUCCUUGGGAAGGUGUUGGACAAUCCGCUAAUCCAGAUCAAAACACAGAGGAUUAUUUAUUCCAAAUUAUUCUCAGUCGUCCAAUUCGUUUUCCACGUUCUAUUUCUGUUCGUGCAACUAGCAUACUGAAUGGAUUUCUCCAAAAGGUGCCGACUGAACGUCUUGGAUGUGCACCAAAUUCCAGUUUUGCUAAUAUUAUGAGUCAUGGAUUUUUUGCUCCGAUUGAUUGGGUUGCUUUAGAACAGAAACAAGUUCCACCGCCCUAUCGUCCAACAUUUGGAGGCGAUAGAGAUCUGAUACAUUUCGAUCCUGCAUUCACCGACGAACCUGUAGUACUUACACCAGAUAACGAAGAAAUGAUAUCACGCAUAGAUCAAACGGAAUUUGAUGGUUUCGAAUAUGUGAAUCCUUUGCUUAUGUCAUUGGACGAACAAGUAUAA